GCACUUGACUCUCUCCACCUCCGAAACCGACUCUACUCCUUCGAUUUUAUUCCCCCUCUCGCACGACUCCAUUAAAUCAACCAAUACUUCAAGCCCUAAUUUACGCCUCUUUUCCUUUUCACAAAUUCCCUUUUCUCUUUCCAACAAUUUCUUCUUCAUUCCAGUGUACGACGUUUUUGAUUCCUUUUUCACUCGCCGGGAUCUGACGUUUCAAAUAAUGGUCGUCAACGGCCGUCCAUUAAAGAGGAUGAAAAGAAGAGUAACCGCCGACCUCAACGAUUUUCUAACUUUCCCCUCCGGCGAUUUGACGCCGACGGCCCCUUUCCGUACCAGCGUCCGUGAGUUUUUGCUACGGCACGCGCUCCUACCCCCGCCGUCGUCUCUCCUACCGCAUCUGCUGACGUGGCAGAUCCUGUUCCGGGUUGGGGAACAGACGAGCUCCGCCGUGGGCGGUGGCGAUGCGUCUGUUUGCCUCGAUGUGGUGGAGGAAGACGUGAUCAGAUCUAGGUCGGUUUAUUGCGAUCAGUGCCGAGUUGUUGGGUGGAGCGGGAACCCUGUAUGUGGAAAGAGAUACCAUUUCAUAAUAAAGGGUGAUGGGGCUUCCAUUGGUGGUUACAACAAGUCAUGUGCUGGUUGUGGUGCUUCCCUACAUUUAUCUGACUCAAGGUGUAAGACAUGCAACCAUGUGAUGACUACCGAAGAUAUAGAGGAUUGGAUGUAUAACCAAUUGGAUGAUACCAAUCAUCUUUUACAUGGUGUAGUUCAUGUAAAUGGUUAUGGGCAUCUUCUUAGAGUCAAUGGGAGAGAAGGUGGGUCAAGGGUCCUUUCAGGCACUCAUAUCAUGGACUUUUGGGAUCGACUUUGUAAAGUUCUUGGAGUCAGACAAGUGAGUGUCAUGGACGUAUCAAAAAAAUACGGUUUAGACUUCCGACUACUCCACUCAAUAAUCAAGGGUCAUCCAUGGUACGGAGACUGGGGUUACAAAUUCGGUGCGGGAAGUUACGGAAUUACCCUCGAAGCCUACAACACUGCUAUCGAAACCCUAGCAAACACACCCUUAUCCACCUUAUCACACCAACCCCGUAAACCAAGAACACAUCUCCAAGAUUCGAUUUCCUUCUACCAAUCCUUAUCCGAUCACAAACUCCUAACUUUUCGAGACCUUUUCCAAUACCUAACAACCCUAAUACACGAUGCUAACAAGGAUGAUUUUUGCUCUUCAAAGAAGGCUAAAUUGAGUGAUUCGAGGGUGUUGUGUGCGUGGAGUAUGGGUGAUAUAUUGCGUGUUGAGGAGGCAAUGUUUAGGGUUUUACGCGCGGUUAGUGGGUCCGCCUGGGUUAGUUGGCGGUCCCUACGUGGUGCGGUCUGUCGGGUGGGUCGGCCUGAGCUUUUGGAUUAUUGUCUUAAGGAGUUGAAAGGGAAACAAGCGGCGGAUGGGAUGGUGGUUAACGCGCGUUUGAAUCCGGAUUCCGGUUCUAUCGAAUAUCGGUUGGAACCGGGAAGCGUGAAUUCAAUCUCGAUGACCAACAAUCCAAAAUUCCCAAAUUGCCCUUCGGAAGAUCAUUUAUUACGAGAUCUAAGAUUCUUAUACGAAUCAUUACUCCGUCCUCCUCAACAAACAACCCCAAAUCACAUAACAAACCAAAACCAAACCUCCUCCGCUCAAAAAAUCCUCGACUGCAAACAAUUUGUAAAAAACUACCACCCCGAACACCAAUUCCCAAACUCAAACCCGCAUUCCCUAAUCCUAAACUGCAAACUCCAACUCACGGAAGAACCAACCACAAUUAACCCACCUCCCGAACAUUUAAUCCUUUCCUCUAACGCAACAAUCCAUGACUUAAAAACCGAAUCCUCGAAAGCUUUCCAAGAUGUUUAUUUAGUUCUUAGAAGGUUUGAAGCCGAUGAGCUUGUUGGAUAUGGAGGUGUCGAUGAGUCCACCCAAAUCAAGCUCUUAAUCGGGUCCAAUAAUAAUAAUAAUAUUAAUACAAUUACAGUUAGCGGGAAGUGUGUUGGGAACGGGAAGAGCGGGUUGACUCGGUACCGAAUGGAGAGAGGGGUGGAGACGUGGACGUUGGAUUGUCGGUGUGGGGCGAAGGAUGAUGAUGGAGAGAGGAUGUUGGCGUGUGAUGGGUGUGGGGUGUGGCAACACACGAGGUGUGUGGGGAUUGAUGACAUGUGUUCGGUUCCGGUGAAGUUUGUUUGUUGUAAAUGUGGCGGCGAUGGUGGUGGUGGUAGGGCGGUGAAUCGUGGUGGUGGUUGAUAUAUUUUUUUUGGGGGGUUUGGGGGGUUUUUUUGUAUAUUUUUUUUUUUUUUUGUUUUAAAUAAUGUUUUAGUUUUGGAUGGGAUUUUGGUGUUGGGAGGCUUUGAAAAGGUGUAAAUAUUUUGGGACUUUUGGGUUAUAGCCUCUGCAAUAAAAACACUCGUCCUUGAUCUUAA